UCAAAGCAGACACUGAAGCUACUACUGGUACUACUACAACAGACAGGGGGAAAAGUGAGAGGAAAUAGAAGAGGAGAAGAGGAAAUUGUGAAUGGCAUCGAGCAGAGAUAAGAUAAAAGAAGUGAAGCAGUUGGAAGAGUUACGUAGCAAAGUAUCACAGAGAGAAUUAGUUUACAGAAGCUGAGCAGAGCAGAGUAGGAGGGUUUUCUACCUUACAUAUGGAUUGGAGUCAAAAUGGUGCCAUGUGUUCCUAUGAAAUACUGACCUAACAGGAACCAAGAGGAAGAGAGGAAGUGGAAAAGAAGGGUAAAACUAACCAGGAGUUCUCAGGAGAGAAGGACGAAAGAGCAUGUUGAAUUUCUUAAGCUAAAGGAGGGACAAUGAGACUUACCUGUAGAUGCUUGCAAUCUGAUCAAUAUGAGGGAGUGUAGAUUUUGCUACACACAGAGGAAGAUCUGUAAUGGAGCGUCCAGACUGCUGAAAUACCUGUCAAAAGCCUGGUGGACUUGACAUCAAAAAGUGAAACCUGGUAGGGCAGGGGGAGGAGGGAAAAAGGAUAUGUUUGAGGCAAAACAGACAAUAGACGAUAAAGCAAAGGAGAUGAUAAGGAAGGCAAUUAAAUGAAAGGAGUCCUAGAAACAGGAGGAUAGAUUUGAGAGUCAAUUGAGAAGUAAAGCUUAAGAGUUAAAGGAGGCAGAGAUAAAAAUAAACACUACUAUCAGAAAAAGAAGAGAAAGGUAAGACAAAGGAAGAGACUGACCCAAGAGAGUAGAAGUCUAGAUUGUUCCACAGGAUACGUGUCAGUGUUUAGAGAUCUGCCGAAAGAAGCUGUAGUCGUGAUGUUCAUAAACUUCCGUCGUAUUCGCAAGUGCCAGUGUGUGCAGCUGCUGACCACAGGCCUGGUGCUGUGUGUGGUGAUGGUCUGCUGGGAGGAGCUGGACCACCACGUGGUCAGCCACAUGAAAUCGUACACGUACCGCUACCUGGUCAACAGCUACACGUUUCUCAAUUCCUCAUUCGCCAUGACCAACAACCAUCACCACAGAAAGGAUGGUGGGUUAGUGAACUAUCCAUACCUGAUCAACCAUCCAGGAAAAUGUGGCGGUGAAGAUGGGAAAAGCUGGGACGAUGUCCUCCUGCUUCUGUUUGUGAAGUCAUCGCCAGAGAACUUUGAGCGACGCCAGGCCAUCAGGGAUACAUGGGGGAACCAGAGUUUCGUGUGGUCAGAACUGGGGGCGAGUGUGAGGAUGGUGUUUGCACUCGGCGUGCACCCAGAUGAUGAGCGGAGAUCAAGGGUGCAGAGCAAGCUGCUGCAAGAGGACCAGGCCUACGGAGACCUGAUCCAACAGAACUUUUUCGACACCUUCCACAACUUGACUACCAAACUGAUUCUGCAGUUCCACUGGGGCCACAAGUACUGCCCUCAGGCACGCUUCCUCAUGUCCGCGGAUGAUGACAUCUUCGUCCACAUGCCCAAUUUGGUGAAAUACCUGCGGCAGCUCCUGAGUGGACAAUCACGGGGCAAAGGCCUGUGGGUGGGUCAUGUACACAGAGGAUCCCCACCGAUUCGCCGUAAACAAAGCAAAUACCACGUUCCAUAUGAUCUGUACCCGUGGCCUUCUUACCCAGAUUACACUUCUGGAGCGGGUUAUGUGGUUUCAGGUGAUGUGGUCGCUAAGAUCUACCAUGCUACUCUGGUGCUGAACUCCUCCAUGUACAUCGACGAUGUCUUCAUGGGAAUUUGUGCCAAGGCCAUGGGCGUCUCUCCCCAGGAGCAUGUGUACUUUUCAGGGGAGGGCAAGGCUCCCUACCACCCCUGCAUCUAUGAUUACAUGAUCACAUCGCACGGCCACUCCACAGAUGUGCGCUCACUAUGGCAGGCAGCAAUAAACCCUACAGUGCACAGCAACUCCAGAGGAUUCAUGGGUAAUUUGUACUGCACAACAGUGAGAGUGAUGUUGCUGUGUCUGCCAUAUUACCAGAACACAUACUCGUGUAUGGCUGCGUUUACAUAAAUGGUCUUGAGGUGAUGCAUGCUGCUCCAUGCUAAAUGUACCACACAAACAAAUGACAUUUCCUCCUAGUCUGCCAUUUUCUUCCUUUCAUGUUAUGUGUUUGUUUGCUGGUUAUACUAUGUAUUUGCUAUAUUGUAAUAAAUAUCAAAGCUGUUGAAAUGCUCUCAGUUUUUCACCAUCAGCAGGAUCUGUUUUCACUUUGUCUAUAGAGAGUUCAGUUUUUUAAAGUAUGAGGUAUUUAUUAAUAGUCAGUGUAUUACCUGCACACGAUGGUAGUUGGCAUUUCCCCAAUUUGAGGAACCAGAGAGUUGUACUGGCACAGAAGCAAAUCUACGAAUUGCUGUAGACAGGACAGCAGCAAAAGAAUUUUAGCCUGCAGAAACGUAAAACUUCCCUAUUCCUUUGCAUAAGCGGAACGUGGACAGUUACACCACCGGCAACUCAGACAAAACUGAAGUUAUGGUACUACCAUAAGGAAUCUCAGAGUUAUCUUUGAUCAGGAUAUGUCAGCAUAAUUCCCACAUAAAACAAACUUCAACGACCGCUGUUUUUCAUAUAUGUAACAUUGCAAAAAUCAGGCACAUCAAUUCCUUAUUAUCAGGCUAUCUGGAUAAAUACUAUACUGACAAGAACUAGGAAAAGAGAUUACAUUUCUCCUGUUUUAGCUUCUCUGUACUGGUUCCCUGUAAAAUCCAGACUAGAAUUUAAAAUCCUGCUACUCACUUCCAUCAUAUCUUA